AUCAUGUUAACAACUAAUUGGAAAGUGACUACACCAAACAUAUACAAAAACCACUAAAUUAAUGACUUACAAUUGCACUAAAUAGCAUUUUGGUUUUCUUAAAGAAGAAGAAAUUUGCAAUGGAAGGUGUAGAUAUGAUUGAGAAGAAUGAAGUUAACAGCAAUGAAGGGAACUCUAGCAGGUGUGAAGGUGAUAGUGAAGAUGUGAAUUUUUCUGUUUUGAAUGAAGAAAAGGGUGUAGACAGCAACUCUAGCAGUAGUGGUUUGGACUCAUCUUCGCCGGUACGAGAAGUUUCUGCAUCUGAUUGUACUAGUCGAGAUGGAAGUGAAGUUGAAGAGAAAAAAGAUUUGGGUUAUGAAAAUUUUGAGAAACAAGUUUCUGUAUUACCAGUGCUAGAGAUUGAGAUGAUGAAGGAAAGGUUUUCAAAAUUGUUACUUGGAGAAGAUAUGUCAGGUUCUGGAAAUGGGGUCUCUACAGCAUUGGCUAUAUCUAAUGCCAUAACUAAUCUAUGUGCCACUGUUUUUGGCCAACUUUGGAGAUUGGAACCUCUAUCACAAGAAAAGAAAGCAAUGUGGCAAAGAGAGAUGGAAUGGCUUCUUUGUGUUAGUGAUCAUAUUGUUGAAUUCAAGCCUACUUGGCAAACAUUUCCAGAUGGAAGCAAGUUUGAGGUCAUGACUUGUAGACCACGCUCAGAUCUUUACAUCAAUCUUCCAGCUUUGAGAAAAUUAGAUAACAUGCUUCUUGAAAUACUAGAUAGUUUUGUUAAUACAGAGUUAAGGUAUGUUGACCAAGGUGUUAUGGCUCUAGAAGGAGAUGGUUCAUCUUCUUUCCAGAGACAAGAAGAGAAAUGGUGGCUUCCUGUACCACAACUCCCUCCUUGUGGUCUCCAUGAAAAUUCAAGAAAGCAGUUGCAGCAUAAGCGCGAUUGUGCAAACCAAAUAUCAAAAGCUGCAAUGGCCAUUAACAAUGCCACUUUGGCUGAAAUGCAGGUUCCUGAUACUUACUUAGAGUGUCUUCCAAAGACUGCAAGAGCUAGCUUGGGGGAUGUAAUUUAUAAAUACAUUACAUCAGAAAUUUUUUCUCCUGAAAGUUUGCUAGCUAGUCUUGAUAUAUCUUCUGAGCAUGAAGCCAUAAAGAUUGCAAAUAGAGUAGAAGCUUCUAUCUAUAUUUGGCAUAAAAAGACCAACUCAAAGCCUGCAAAUCGCGCUACAAGAUCAAGUUCAAGAUCAUCAUGGGGAAUGUUCAAGGAUCUUAUUGUUGAAGGAGACAAAAGUGAAAUGCUUAUAGAGAGAGGUGAAAGCCUUCUACUGUCCUUGAAGCAACAUUUCCCUUUUCUCCCUCAAACAACAUUGGAUGUCAACAAAAUUCAAUGGAACAAGGAUGUUGGAAAAUCCAUUCUAGAGAGCUAUUCGCGAGUACUAGAGAGUUUGUCGUCCAAUAUUGUUGCGCGAAUUGAUGAUGUGCUCUAUGUUGAUGACUUAACCAAACAUUCUGAUCAAUUCCUAUCUCUAUCAAAAGUUGGUGUAAUUACUGAAAAGAGUAUUUCAGUUCCAUUUCCAUGUAAUAAGGUUGUGACAAAUUUUCUUAGCAUUGGUAGAAAAGAGGACUAUGGUUGUCCAAUUGAUGCAAAGUUGGCUCCAAAAUUAAAUACAUUUGAUCAAGUGCCAGAAUUUGAAACAGAUAUGGAAUCAAGUGAUUGCACAGAAGACUUUAAGCUCAAUUUAAUGGAUGAAGCAUGGAUAGAAUGAAAGGAUUUUAAUUUCAGAUGAGAUGAGGCAAAUUUUUUUUUCCUGAUUUUUUAAAUUUCUAUUUUGGAGUGUUUGUAUAUUAUGUGGAAGUGAAGAAUUUCAAGGAACUAUGUAAAAGUUCAACAAUAAAAAUAAGGAAGAGAAAACAAUGCAUUGGUUCUAA